AUGACUUGUUUCCCUUUUAGGAACAGUUUGAUAGAUGAUGCUAAGGCCCGCUUAAAAAAGUAUGACAUUGGGACCAAAUAUUCUCACUUGCCGCCUAGUAAAUAUUCCAUCCUUUUACUGUUGUUGGCUAAAGAAGGAAAACUCCAUCUGUUGUUCACCCUCCGGUCAGAGAAGCUGAGAAUGUCGCCGGGAGAAGUCUGCUUCCCUGGAGGGAAGCGCGAGCCCACGGAUGGGGAUGACGCCGCCACGGCCCUGAGGGAAGCGCAGGAGGAAGUGGGGCUGCGCCCGCAGCAGGUGGACGUGGUCUGCCGCCUGGUGCCCUAUCGGCUCAACAAAAAUACAUUUAUAGCACCAGUUGUAGGGUUUAUAGACCACGACUUCCAGGCCCAGCCUAAUCCUGAUGAAGUGAAGAAUGUGUUCCUGGUGCCUCUGGACUAUUUCCUGCACCCACACUCCUACCACCAGAGUCACCUGACAAAAUCUGGUCGUCAUCUUAUUAUUCACGCCUUUGAGUACACAAACCCUGAAGAUGGCGUGACUUACCACAUCAAAGGAAUAACUGCAAAAUUUGCCCUGUUCGUUGCCUUAAUCAUUUUGGAGGAAAACCCCACCUUUGAGGUUGAAUUUAAUCUCAACGACCUAAUAACAUCCUCUGAAGAAUCCUUCCUGAAGCUUUAUAAACAUGCAACAAGCAAGUUAUGAUUUAUGAGACCAACAUCCAAAUAACUACCUAAGCAGCUUUGUGUGUGCUUAUCCGCAGAACAACAAUACUGCCAGCUGGUGGAAUUUUACAGGUGCAAAUAUUUUUCCUGCAAUAUGAAGAUAAAAACCUUGCCUUAUUUCCAGUUGCUCUCUGUUAUCUGAAAGAGCCAAAGUCUUUCAAAAGUGAAAAAUACGUUUAUAGUAUUGCAUAAUUUCACCCACCGUAUAUUAGCACCAUUUUUCUUACACAUGUAAGAAAAUGUAUCUGGCACACAGUAGGCACUUAAUAAAUAUUAAUUGAAUAUAUGA